AUGACAACCAACACCACCCAGGAAAUCCAAGGCUUUGCCUCCCGCCGCAACAACUCCUGCCUUGCCGACGAGGUCAGCUGCGUUCACACUUGGGGUACCUGGUACGCCUGCUGCCCUUCAGGCUCCUCCUGCCCCGGCGCAAAAGUCAGCGUCCCCAAUAACGUCUGCUGCGCCAGCUGGACCGACUGCACCGCCCAGAUCGAGAAUCCGCCUUAUUUCUGUUGCGAGGGCGAUGCCCAGGGGUUUGGGUUCAGGAAGGAGACAUGGGUUGGGUGUGCUCCUGCGGGCUUCCAGGGAGAUGCGUCGUAUUCGGCGUUGACUACUAUUGCUACCAUUACUAGCUUUGGUACAAAUACGGUAACGACGACCGCAGCAGCAACAACUACUGCUAAUGCGAGCGGAACGACCAUCUUUCCGAAGGCGACGGCAAAUACUGGAGCGGUCGCUGGGGGCGUGGUGGGUGGGGUAGUGGGUGUGUCUGCGUUGGCGGCGGUCGUCUGGUGGAUGCUACGCCGCCGCAAGAAGGCGCUGCCGCCGCAGCCUGUUGUGUCUCUGCAACCGCAGUAG